AUGAUCCAGGACACCUUCAUUGGCGCUAUGCUAGGAGUAACCGAUGAGUCAAAUAUCUACCCAGACGGCAAAUUAGCUUAUUCAACUAUCAUCAUUAUCUAUCAAGUCACUCAGUCUGCUGCAGAAAGUCUGACACCCGGCACAAUGGAAUCAGCUGCAACAAUUCAAUGUACCUCCCAGCAAACUCGAUUCCAUAUCGAAUCUCCUAACUAUCGCGAGCUCGACAUAAAAGGACUACAAAUUCUCGUUACAUCUGGGGAGAAGAAGUCGGCCACGAAGGGGAAGUCAAAAGAAGGUCGGCGAUAUGCUCUCGUCGGUCGGAAUGGGACCGGAAAGUCAACCCUGCUGAGAAGUAUAGCAGAGAAGCUCAUUCCUGGAAUACCAGAGAACACGAAAAUUGCUAUACUUCAGCAAACCAGACUGACGGAUGGGGCCAAGGAUCCCAAGCAAGAGGGUAGGGAUAAUACAGGUCUUAAUGUCCUACAGACUGUGAUAGAGAGGGCCACGUCUAGAACUACCAUUGAACAAGAGAUAUCGACCCUGUCUCAGGGAAUUGAUACCUCAGAUCCUUAUGCUCCAGUUAGAGCCCUUCGGUCUCUGAAACACGAGCGCCUCCAAAAGCGCCUAUUUAUAUUGGAUAAAGAUGCUCGACUACGCAGUGGUAUGCGAGGCAUGCAAGCCAGGAAAGCGCUUGUGGCCUUUGAGAAAGUUGUUGCUGAAUCGAAGAGAAUGGUAGAACAACCCAGCGAAGACAUCUCAACCGACAUACUCCAGCAAGAGACUCAAGAUGCAGUAGAUAUGCUCGCACAGCUUCAGUCACAAAUCGAACCCGCUCUCGUUGCAGAAACAGAGACUAGGGCGCGAAGUAUCCUGACCGGAUUAGGUUUCUCAUCGGCAAUGAUGGCAAAGCCUAUCUCCGACUUGUCGGGCGGCUGGCACAUGCGAGCAGCUCUUGCAGCUACCCUUUUACAGGACGCCGAUAUACUGAUCCUUGACGAACCUACAAACUUCCUCGACAUGCUAGGCAUUAUCUGGCUGCAACGAUACCUCAUCUCAAUUGGGGAUAACCGCAAGCCACCUACCAUGAUUAUCGUCUCCCACGAUCGAGACUUCAUCAGCCUCUGCACGGAUCUGAUCAUUCUCAAAGACAAGCAGCUCACGUACUUCCACGGGGACCUUCCCACAUACGAGAUAUCGCAAUCCGAACGACGAAAAUAUCUCACGACGAUGAAGGAAGCACAGGAAAAGCAAAAAGCCCACAUCGAGAAGACGAUCGCAGCCAAUCUCAAAGCGGGCAAGGCAAAUGACGAUCAGAACAAGAUCCGACAAGCAAAGUCACGUCAGAAGAAACUAGAUAACCGGUGGGGCAUGGAAGUCAGUGCUAGGGGCGGUAGGUUUAAGUUGAAUCGCGACCUAGUUGGCUAUCACUUUACAGCUCGAGAGGAGAUCGACAUACCCCCGGAAGAACGACCGGUUAUUAUAAAUUUACCGGAGCCGCCUGAUCUACGAUUCCCAGGAUCGCUCAUAACCCUUGAAAAAGUCAGCUUUCGUUACGCGGCUACGUCUCCGAUCGUCAUCCGGGAUGUCGACCUCUCGGUCGGUAUGGGCGACCAAAUUGGAAUACUGGGGUUGAACGGGGCGGGCAAGUCAACACUUAUUCAAACGUUAGUGGGAGAAACAAACCCGACACAAGGAACAAGGAAUACACACCCUCGCCUACGCCUGGGAUAUUACUCCCAGCAUGGAGUGGAGGCCCUGCAAGCCCUUGGUGCACAGGAUGAAACACUCACAUCGCUAGCACUAUUGACCCAGGAUGUUAAUGGGGAAUUGACAGAGGGUGAGAUCCGCGGCCUCUUAAGUCAGCUGGGACUGCCUGGACGUCUAGCCUCAGAUGUACCUAUUCGCAAGCUGUCGGGCGGACAGCUGGUUCGCUGUGCACUGGCACGGUUGUUCUGGCGUCGUCCUCAUUGCCUUGUUCUGGAUGAGGUCACCACCCAUUUGGACUAUGAGACUGUUACGGCUUUGAGACGGGCGCUUAAUGAGUGGGAUGGGGCGGUUGUUGCUGUUAGUCAUGAUAGAUGGUUUAUGAGGGGGGCUGUGGAGGGGGGUAUAGAUGAAGGGCAGUCGGAGGAUGAGGAGGAUGAUACUGUGGAUGGGUUAGAGAAUAGGAGGAGAGUCAUGUACAUGCAUGGUCUGAUCCGUACCCAUUACGAAGUGCAGAAGUUCAGACCACAAGCCGUGGAGAGCCAUAAGCCGCGGAAAAUGGUCACCCGUGGGAAGCCACAAACCGUGGAAUUAGUCAAUUCAGUGUUGCAAGCCCUGUCCAGUGCAGAAAAUCGACUUCCCAAACCGGACGUUAUGGUCCCCAAACCAGACAUCGGCAAGCGAUGCUACCUCUUCAGAGAGUUCGCCGCCUGGGACUGCGAAGAGCAAUCUUAG